AACCUACAUGUCUCCGUCUUGUUAAUAUUUUGUUCAUCCCUUAUAAGGAACAAAUAGAACCACCGCUGGGGUCUGCAAUUCCAUAAUAUACACCCUUCACCAGUUGUAAGUUGGACAAAACAGAAAAAGAUGAAACUUUACAUGAUUCUCUUGUUUGGUAUUUGGCUGAUACUCCUGUGCUCUUCACCGACACAUGCUCGAACUGCUGCUAAGCCUCCUGCACUUAGCCCGAUUCCUGCACCGGAACCAGCCCCGGCACCGGCACCAGCUGCCAAAUCUGUCAUCCUCGCUGAUUUGCUCACAGUAGCUGGUCCCUUCCACAAGUUCCUUGGCUACCUUGAAUCCACUAAAGUCAUUGACACCUUCCAAAAGCAAGCCAACGAUUCUGAAGAGGGAAUUACCAUAUUUGUGCCAAAAGAUACUGCAUUUUCAUCCCUCAAGAAGCCUUCUCUGUCCAAUCUCACCAAGGACCAACUCAAGUCACUGUUACUCUUUCAUGGCUUACCACAUUACUACACCCUGGCUGAUUUCAACGACCUUAGCCAAAAGAGUCCCAUUACAACAUUUGCCGGUGAGCAGUACACAUUGAAUUUUACUGAUGCAUCUGGCACUGUACACAUCAGCUCAGGCUGGACCAACACAAAAGUGAGUAGUAGUGUGCUUUCAACCGAUCCUGUUGCAGUUUACCAAGUCGAUCAUGUACUCCUUCCGGAGGCAAUCUUUGGUAAUGAUUUCCCUCCCACCCCGGCUCCAGUACCGAGCCCCAACGUUGCUCCUGCUGCUGAUACUCCAUCUGCUGAAACUGAGGGCAGUGUCUCUCCAUCAUCGGCAGAGUCACCGUCUUCUUCCUUUAGGAUUUCCGGAGGAGCAAUCUGGAGCCAGUUGGUUUUAGCAAUUUCAGGUGGACUGCUCCUAUUUUAGUGAGGAUGGAUAAAGAUGAAGUAUUUUCACUACAGUUUAUUUCUCUGUGUUUCAAUUUUGUUUAGUGCAAUGUUGCAAAGCUAUUAUGUUCCAAUUCUUUAAUGCAAUGGCAUACGACGGUUUUGUUAGA